AUGCAUGCCCUCUGCGGCAACGGUCGAGGUAGCUCCAAAGGCAAAACAAACAAAGGCUCUCAGAUGCAGAAUGCUCUCAACUUAGAUAGGGAAGUGCAGUAUAUGGAGGAGGUACGCAAUGCCUUACCAGAAGCCGCCAAGAUUAGAAUGAUGCCCCAGCUUGUGCAAAGCGAAUGGAGCGCCCCUAUCCGUUCAUACACAGACAUGUCCGAUGAGGGAGGCGUUUGCAUUGUGCAUAAGGACCAGGUGCCAACGGUUUUGCGGGCCGUGGGAUACACCCUGGCUCCCACAGCCAUCCUAACCACACAGCAUGCGCAGGCCCUUGGUCUCAAACACUAUCCUUGUGCCAAAGUCACGUGCCUUUUGAGGGUUCGUGAUGAACAUGGUGAUUUCAUCGAAGUCACAGUGCAGAGGCAUUUGAUCCAGCUAAGCUUUGGCCCUCCUGUCACCAUGGCAGCGGAAGGGGAGCAGAUCCUGUUAGCUGUGCCUAUGCAUCGUGUGGUGAUCAAAAUGCCGGCUUGCUUUGGAUGGACGCCCGAGGCCCUCACAGGCGCCUCUAUUGCUGCGAUCCUUGCACGCCAUGUCCCGGCUCCAGCUUGUGAGGAUAUCCUUGUGCGACAGGACGCCAGCCUUGACCAGGCUUUGGACCUGGCCAGCAAGAACGACCAUUGCUAUGGGAUCGCAGCAAAGAACGCUGCUCACAAGCCAAGAUUUGCACUCAGGUUCCUCGAUGUCCAUGAGUUUCGCUCCGCUGCAAAAAAGCUUGGGCUGCCAGACUCGUCAGAGUUGGGGAGGUGGAGGCUCAGUGGACUGCCAGUUCAGUGUGGGAUGGCUGGCGCACUCACGCUGCUUGAAUCCAAGCAGUGGCAAGUCGUGGAGAUUUUAUACUUCUCCGAGGUGCAAUGCGUCUUCCUAUCCAAAACCCCGGGAAGCACCGGCCCUAUGUUUUACCAGCAGGCUCAGGGGCACCGUAAGCAACUUGUCUUCAAAGCUCUCAACGCGUUGGCGCGACAGCAACUUGCCGAUGCGAACAAAAAUGCCAGAGCUUCAGCAGCCGCUCCGCCUCAGGAUGUCGCACUUGCAGCGCGCCCCUCCAGGGCAGUUGAACGUGACAGGUGGCUCCGUCAGGUGGUGCCGCCGUUGGCAACUCGUGCUGCUGGAAAGGCAGAGGAGGUCACCCCCAGGCAUGAGGAGAAAGAAAAGCGUCCUUCGCACCAGCACACGGGAGAAAUGCCCGAUGCUCAGAGGAUGCGCACUAACUAA